AUUGCCAUGCUGACAAAUAUUACUACUUUUUGUACUUUCAGGUCUGCAGAUGAAUACAGAAAAAUAGAGUAUAAAGCUGCUGUCAAAAUCCAGAGCUGGUUUCGAGGAUGCAGAGUCCGAGCCUAUCUGAGAUAUCUGAUCAAAAUGGUGAUUUCUAUACAGAAGUGGUGGAGAGGUUAUCGAAGCAGAAGACACUUCAGAAAAAUGGUGGAGACAGCAUAUUUUAUUAUGAAGAUGAAUUUCUACAAUGAAAUGGCUGUCAGGAUUCAGAGAAGAUGGCGAGGCUAUUAUGUUCGUAAAUAUAUCCAUAAUUAUUAUGCACUGAAGAAAUACCUGGAAGCCCUUUCUGUGAAUAAUGAGAUUGUCAGGAGUGAACUCCAAAUGUACACAGAAAUGAAGGAAAAAGAAGAGAAAAGGAAAGACCUAGAAAAGAAAGAAAAGGAAAAGGAAUACCAAGCCCGAAAGAUGCAUUACCUCCUUAGCACUGAGCAGAUUGCAGGCAUCUACAAUUCACCAUUCAGAAAAUCCCCAGAUCCAAUGGAAUUGCUGCUACGGAAGUCAAAGCCAUUGAGCCACAGACGGCAGCAAAUGAAGACAAGUCCCUUUGCCUAUGAGCUCUGUGACUGGCCAACAUGUACAAGGCCACCGACUUUCUCCACAGCACAGCUUCUGCCACCUAUUGGCAGACAGAAACCUCAGGGGCCUUUCCGUGAUACUGCUGAAGUGUUGCGGCAGCGCUACAAGCCUUUGGAACCAACCUUGCGAGUGGCAGCAUCAAUCAAUUCACUAAAGAAGGCCAGAGAGGAAAUAAAAAGGGAGGAAUGGAGAAACCGCAUACAUGACAAUGAAUUUCUGCCAUUUUCUUCAUAUCAUAAAAAUGAGAAGUAUGACCCAUCAAUUUAUAGGUCAGGCAAAUAUGUCCAAGAAGCUUAUGGAAGUAAACACUUCCGAGAAGUACAGCCUGAGAAGUGGGUAUCAGACAAGGACUUUCAGACAGUGUUACCAUCGAUUGCUCUCUUUGAAAAGUUUGGAAAAACUUAUUCCAGAGCUGGGCAAAUAGUGUAA